AUGGUGAGGACACGUGCUACCGGACAGGGUGGACAACCAUUAGUGCCACCAGCUGUGGCCACUAGAGGCCGUGGACGCGGUCAUGAUCGUGGUAGAGGUCGUGCAGGGACUUCAGAUGCCAGGGCGCGUCCAGCCCAGCCGAUUGUAGCUGCUCAGGACUAUGUGGUUCCUGGCAUGCCAGAGUAUGAGCAGCUUCUAGGUCAGGAUGAGGACAGGGCAGCGGCUUCAGAGGAUGAGCUGCGGAGACUUCAGAGGUUCAAGAAGUAUGAUCCUCCAGUAUUCAGUGGGUUAGCAUCAGAUGACACCUUGGGCUUUCUGGAGGAGUGUCACUGUCAAUGUGGAACUGAAGGUAUUCCGAUUCGUGAUGGACUAACUGAAAGUAGAUUGAUGGAUCUUCUACAUGGAUCUGAGUAUGUUCUUACCUAUGAGGACAAGGAUGGUGAUUGGAUGCUCGUUGGUGAUGUUCCAUGGGAGUAA